AGGAGGCUCCGGAGGGAGAGAGGGUGGGUUUAGGGGAAAAAGUAGCUAAACCUUCCCUAGCAUGUCCGUGCUGCCUCCGCGCACUAAUAGUUGCCAUGUUAGCCGUGCGCUCGCGCUGUUUUAGCAGCUGUUGUCAUAGCACCGGGGCCUUCGCAACAACUGUAAAUAGCUCAAUAUUGUAGCCUGUUCGCUUUACUUUUGUUAGCCGCGUUAGCUAGCUGCUCGGGUCACUCUCCCCCUCUCUCCCCCUCUCCCUCUCCCUCUCCCCGCCGUGUGUCUCUCCGUCUCCGCGUCUUCUGGUGCGAGACCCACGGUCCUCCGCUCGCCUCCCCCACUUUGUUCCGUCUCGCGGCCGGUCGCCGGUGACAUUUUUGGCGACUUUUGCGCCCGUUCGCUAGCGAAGCGGCGGCCGCGGCGGUUCGUCCGCUUUAAAUGAAGUUGGUGCCGAUAUGUGCGAGGCGUUUGACGACGAAACUGGACGUAACGCCGCUCUCCAGAGAGCGAGCGAGAAAGAGAAACAGCAAGAAGGAAAGAGAGAGAGAGAGAUACACAGCUUUUCCCAGCCAGCCAGAGAGCCCAGCUAUUCUGCUACAGUGGAGUUAAUCAAGUUGAUGCAUACUGCUGCAGGUUAUGAGGACGGCAGGAUGGAGUUCCCAGACCACAGCAGACAUUUACUCCAGUGUCUGAGUGAACAGCGGCACCAAGGCUUCCUGUGUGACUCUACGGUGCUGGUGGGCGAUGUCCAGUUUCGUGCCCACCGCGCUGUCCUGGCUUCCUGCAGCAUGUAUUUUCACCUCUUCUACAAGGACCAGCUGGACAAGAGAGACGUGGUGCACCUCAACAGCGACAUUGUCACGGCUCCGGCCUUUUCCCUGCUCCUGGAGUUCAUGUACGAGGGCAAGCUGCAGUUCCAGGACCUUCCCGUAGAGGAUGUGCUGGCAGCGGCCAGCUACCUGCACAUGUAUGACAUUGUGAAGGUGUGUAAGAAGCGCUUGAAGCAGAAGGCCACGGCAGAGGCAGACAGCACUCGCAGGGAGGAUGAUGGCGGUUCCAGCUGCUCCGACAAGGCUGACAGUCUGUCAGACGGUUCUACGGGCCGGCCGGCUACUGCUGACCUGCUGCACAGCGAUGAAGAGGAGGAGGGGAAGGCAGAGGGAGGACCACUGUGGCUGAGGCUGCCCUCUGCAGACAGACCGGGGACUCCGGCCAUCGCCACCACCAGCCCCGUGCACGGUGAGGUGGAGACGCAGACUGGGGAAGGGCUCAGGGAAGGAGGGAAGCUGCUCUCCCCAGCCGGCAGCCCCACCAGCUCCACCGGAUCGCUCUCCCAGAGGUCCCACCACUCCGUGAGCUCCCGCGGACGGCACAGAGGCAGAAGGGUGUCAAACGACGCCGCCGACUGCGUCCUGGACCUGUCGGUCAAGCCCAUCGCAGGCAGCAACCACAGCAAUCACCACCAGUCCUUCUUCAGCGGGGCGGCGACACCGGACAGCCUCCAAAGCCCGCUGGCCGUGAGGGUGAAGGUAGAGAGGGGCGUGGCUUCAGAUGAGGAAGAGGAGCUGGGAGGCGGCGAUUACGACAUGGAGCACAGCGGCAUCACCAAGGCCACGGUGCCCAGCGUCAACGGGGGCCUCACCCACCACAGCGUCGGGGGGCCUCUGUCGGCCCAGAGGCGGCUCGGCCUCGAGGCGCACCUGUCGGCCCUGCGAGAGGCCUCUCUGGCCUCGGAGAUGGAGCGGGAGGAGAAGCCUCCGACCGCGGCAGACGACGAGGACAUGUUGGGGGGCGAGAGCGAGCGCGCCCAGGCGGAGGUGGCCGGCAUGGAUAGCUCCCUCCUGCCCUACGUCUCCAACAUGCUGUCAGCGCAACACACCCAGAUCUUCAUGUGCCCGCUGUGCAACAAGGUUUUCCCGUCCCCACACAUCCUCCAGCUGCAUCUCAGCUCCCACUUCAGGGAGCAGGAGGGCAUCCGCUCCAAGCCCGCCGGAGACGUCAACGUGCCCACCUGCACUAUCUGCAGCAAGACCUUCUCCUGCAUGUACACGCUGAAGCGCCACGAGCGGACACACUCCGGGGAGAAACCCUACACCUGCACCACCUGCGGCAAGAGCUUCCAGUACUCACACAACCUCAGCCGACACGCGGUGGUGCACACGCGCGAGAAGCCGCACGCCUGCAAGUGGUGCGAGCGGCGCUUCACGCAGUCCGGGGACCUGUACCGACACAUCCGCAAGUUCCAUUGCGAACUGGUCAACUCGCUGUCGGUGAAGAGCGAGCCGCUGGCGCUGCCCAAUGUCAGGGAUUGGGCAAUCGAGGACAGCUCCCAGGAACUGUGGAAGUAGAACCAGACUGCUGGGUUUGAUGAGUGGAGGAGACAGGGAACGAAGGGCAGAGAGGCAUGGGGAGUAAAAAGGGAGGUGGCGAAGUUUGAUGUUCGGGGUUUAAGUGAGUCAUGUUUUUGUGUGUUGCAAAAUCUCAUUCAAUUGCACUUUAAUAGCACAUGAAAAUGUUACUACUGAGUUUUGUUUUAUUUUUUUUGUUCUUGCUGUUUGGGGUAAUUCGAGUUUAUUUCUGAACUCUUAUUUUUAUUUGGCGUAAGUUCUGUUGGGCGGUUUCCAUGCGUCUCAGAACCUGGGUCCCAGCGAGAAUGUCUCGCCUUUAACACUCUGUGCUCAAACUCAGACACAACACUCCGACGUUCACCACCGGCCCCGGUUCCACAGACAGCAGCGCCACCGCAGGAGUUCAGGUCGAACACACUGAACUGAGAAUCCAUUACAAUACACUAAACGGGUACUGUGAUCACCACGAGUCGACGCCGCCACACAGGUCGCAGGCGUGCGAGUGUGUGCGCGCGCGACGCUGCACUACUCUGGCAAAAAUUUCACCUGACGUGCGUGAGUGUGUAUGAGUGUGUUUUGUGUGUAUUAAUUUUGAUUUCCUACUGGCAUGGAGGUGUCGUUGGCGAAGCGCUCCCCGAUUCUCUCGUUAAGCUCUUUGGUGCCGUGUGUUCAGGGGAAAGCUGACUGACAGACAAACUGAUGGCACUCAUGCAAUGCACAGCCUCCUUUUUCACUUCCAAUCAAUUUGAAGUAUUUUGUAAAAAUGAAAAGACCAUUACAAAUUAUUAUAAUAAUUAUUAUUAUUGUUAUUAAUAGGUUUUUUCUUACAUCUAGCUGGCAGUCUUUAAAACAUCUCUUGUUGAAAAGGUAUUUAAUUUAAGGUUGUUGUAUAUUGUUCUGCUAUAGUUUUAACUUUAAUCUUUUUUUUAAAUUAAUGAUUAUUAUUAUUAUUAUUAUUAUUAUUUUGUUACUUUUUUGUAAUGGGACCUGCUGUUGUUGCAUGACGUCCAAACCUGUAUAUUUUAAAAUGAAAAUGUGAAUUUGCUGUAUUACUGUACACAUUGUAAUUGAUCAAAUAUUUGACAACGGGCUUUUCUUUUCUUUUCUUUACUUUCCGUUUCUUUUCUUUUCUUGGUGAAUUCUGCUCCAGGGUGCGGCCUGUUGAGAAACUGAAUAUUAUUUUCACAACUUUGGAAAAUGCAUGAAAAUUUGAUUUUGUCUUAAACCUUUAAGUUGUGGUUUUUGCAUCAGGGGGAUGUUUGAACAUUACACUCUAGACAGUGAAAGUUUUUUUUUUUUUUACACGUAGGUCUGUCGCUGAGCUUCUAGAAGAAAGUUACCGAAUGUGUUUUGGCCGGAUGUUGAAGCGAUACGAUGAAGCAUUUUAAACCUGUGUCUAUAUGCACUGAUCUCUGCUGCGUGUGUGAGUGUGUGCAUGUGUGUGUGUGUGUGUGUGUGUGUGUGUGUGUGUGCGUGCGUGCGUGCAUGCAUGCGUGUGUAUGACUUGGUUAUGACCAGUCAGUUGAACCUGCUGAAGAUCUUUGUCCACCGAGCACUUCCUCCUCCGGCUCCUCCUCAGGCGUUAAAUUUCUCCACUGCUGUAUGUUUGUUUUCCAUCUCUCACCACGCUGUCCUUUCCAGCUCUAGACGCGGUCGAGCCAUUUCUUGUUUAUUCCCGCUCAUUAGGCACUUACUUCAGGUCUGUUGAGUGCAGCUCUGUGACUCUGGCUUUGGAAGUGUGAAGGAUACAGGAGCAGAAAGCAGAGGAGCAGGGAGGCUGAGGCCGAGUUGUCCCGCUGAGAGGUGAAAGGUCGGAUAUGUUUCUCACACCACUCCGUCACGCGGAGCCGAGCUGUGCCGCGCUGAUCAGUCCACUAACCCACCCAACGCAGUGCCGCGGCAGCGUGGACACGACAAGGCGUUUCAUGCGCGCACGCUUUCCACUUACAACACUUGCUUUGAGACAGAUGGGAGAGAAUUGGCAUGCCUGAAUGCACCUUUUUAAGCUAAAAGACAUGAAGUCAGAUUUUUGCUGAAAAGAUGCCUUUAUUAAAAAAACAUUUCUGACACUAUGGAAGUAUUUGAUACUGUAAAGCAUUGAGAAAUAGUUGUUUAAAACUUAUAAAUUCUUGGAAUUUAUUGAAUUUAUCUGAUAAUGAUGUCUUAUUAUAUUUUGAUCACGUGAUUGGAAACGCUUUGUACGUGAAUGUUUUGAGUUGGACUACAUCAGUUUAACACGUUUCAUGUUUUAGCCGCUGUAUCUGUGGCGUUUUUAAACUUGGAGGGUCAGACGUUUGACAGCUCCUGCAGACGGCAGCUUCCCCCUCCGUGCGCGUGCCCCCGCCACCGUGCACGCGUUGGGUGGGGCGCCUGCAGGUGCCGCCCCGUCAUCUGGCGGCACCUUCCAGCGCUGCCAGUGCAGCGGCGUGGGUGAAGACGACGACGCGGCGGCGACGGCUCCUCGUCGCGCGUCGGCACUUUUAUUUUCUUCAAACGUCCUUUUUUUUUGUCACUGGCGACGUUUCUGCAUAUGGGCUCACUCCAUCCUGCUGUUGUUUUCAUCAUUACUGCUGUUUUCCUUGUUGUCGUUACAUUCUGGCCCACUGGUUGUACUUGACGGCCUUAAACUGCUGUAGUCCUGCUGGUUUGUUUGUUUCUUAUACCAUUUUUUAAGAUGUGGGGUGGAGGUGUGGGAGCGCUGUCGGUCGCUCACGCCGCUCUGAAGGCGCCGCCCCGGUCAGACAUCUCCAUCUUUUGCUGUGCUUACUUGAAAAUAAACGGGAAGAUGUUUUUUUUUUUUUUAAUGGAAGGUAUAAAAUUAAAUAGACAGUUUAUGGAAAGUCAAGGGGGGUUUGGGGGAUGAUGGUGAGGGGUGAGGGGUGAGGGGUGGGGGAAGUGAAACAACUGUUUUGAAAAAAGGACAAUCACUGUCUGGGGAAAAAACAAGCAGAUUUUGAUUGAGAUAUAUUUACUCCCCCUUGAGAUUAAAAAAAUUCUUUGCUUUUGUUUUAUGUUCCUUUUUCAGAUUUAGUCAUUUUUAGCUUUGACAAUCAUAGAUUUUUUUUGUUUUUCUCAAAGGGAGUAAAUUCUAAUUGUGUUUAGUUUUGUAAUUUUUUGGCGUGUUGUUGUUGACAUUUUUAAAUUGUGUGCAAAACUGCAAUAAAUUAUAAGAAUCUUGAAAUUCAA